AUGACGACGCACUCGGACGGGGUUAACCCCCUGAGGCCGUAUUAUAUCCCCCCUACCAUCGGAGAGCGUGUCGACUCGGCCGCCACGACGAACGGUCCGACAUCCGUCCUUUCCGGUGGGGGACGAAACAUCACCACCACCACAUCAUCACCAUCUUCGCCUCCUAGGUACGCUACUGCCGCGCGUAGCGUCCUGUCCGACCUUGACUACGAUAGGUACAUCAACGGCGACGAUACGCCUUCCAUCGUCCGGAAUGCCAAGGAUCUACUUGAUGAGCUUCUGUGGAAGUAUACCUCUGUCUUGAUGGCUCAGCCCUUCGAGGUGGCAAAGAUCAUUCUGCAGAUCCGUGACCAGGAUACGAAAGCCGCGCUACCCACUAUCGAUGCCCCAAUUACGCCAAAGAGUCGGACGAUGAGCUACAACAGCUCCGCCUACGACUAUGACGACGACUCUGACUCUGACGGCGAUGAGCCUGCCUUCUUUACCUCCAACGUACACAGCACGCCGACACCGUCGCAUACCCGUGCCCGGACCGGCGGACAAGAUGGGGUUGACUCUCCCACCGGAUCGCUGCGGUCAUCGUCCUCCAAGAAGCCCGCCCUCCCCGAGCACUUCAUCAACGUCCAGAGCGCCGAUUCCGUAUCCAACGUCCUCUCCGCCUUGUGGUCCAAGGAGGGCGUGUGGGGCGUUUGGAAGGGCUCCAACGCGACGUUCCUGUACACGGUCCUGCAGUCCCUCUUGGAGAACUGGUCGCGAAGCUUCCUCAGCGCCAUCUUCAACGUCCCCGAUCUCGGGGUCAAGGAUGAUAUCGACCGUCUCGUCGACAUUGCUUCCCCCUACCCCUGGGCCUCGCUGUUUGUCGCCUCGGCCGCGGCUGUGGCUACCGGAGUCCUUCUGGCCCCUCUGGACCUUGUGCGCACGAGGCUCAUCGCCACGCCCACCACCCGUGGGCAGCGCCGGACGUUGGCCAAUCUCCGAUCGCUCCCGUCCUACACCUGCCCCUCGGAGCUCAUCGUGCCCACCAUUCUCAACUCCCUCGUGCACCCGGUGCUCACCCUCUCGACCCCGCUCGUCCUGCGCACCCGCUUCAUGAUCGACAGCCAGAUAUCACCCCUGACCUUCUCCGUUGCCAAGUUCUGCGCCUCGUCGGCCGCCAUCUUCGUCAAGCUGCCUCUGGAGACGGUCCUGCGCCGUGGCCACAUGGCCGUCCUCUACGGAAAGGAGUAUAUCCAGGCCCUGGGCGGCAAGGAACAGAAGAUGGACACGAUCGUCCCCAUCGGACGGUACAAUGGCGUCAUCGGUACCAUGUUGCACAUCGCCUCCGAGGAGGGCGAGAGGGAGAUUCUGCCGACUACCGACGCCAGCAAGCCUACCUCGACCCCCGCUAGGAGGGGCAGGGCUGCUGCCAAGACCAAGGCUGCUUCUCCCAUUGCUACGCCUACAUACAAGAAGGGCCAGGGUGUUGAGGGUCUCUGGAGAGGAUGGAAGGUCAGCUGGUGGGGGCUCAUUGGCCUCGGCGUGGCUGGCAUCUUUGGAAAUGGCGGAGAGGGCGAGUUUUAG